AGAUUUUCGAGGUUAGGAUUUGGCUUGGCAGCUAGCAGCCCAGCCCAGAUGUGGGCUGGUGUGCUAUGGUUGGCCGUAGCAGCGCUACUAGCAGUGGUCGUAGCCAGACCCAACCCUACUAUAAACGACCAGUCUGUCAGGGGAUAUCUAACUGAGAGGACCUGCUGGUGGAACGAGAUCUGCAAAGAGGAGUUCCAGACUCAGUUCCGUUGCAAAUGUCCACAAUGGAGCUUCUGUCGCAGUCCUGGCCGCUAUUACAACGCAUAUUGUACCAUGACGGGAACCGGUUACAUUUGGACACAACCUGAGAGGAGCUGGAGAAUAUAAUCAAGCUGUAACGACAAUCCUCACCGUCUUUAUAUGAUAUUAAACAUACACGUAAAUAACUACAUAAAAAAUGCAGGAAUGUUUAAUUUAUUUACGAAAAGCAAGGUUAGUUUUCGAAUUCAAAGAAAUACCACUAAAGUUAUUCUGAUGAAACCAGUUCAAAUUAUAUUUCCGCACUUGCUCUAUUAAAUCAACCUAAGAUAUGAUUUUGUGUCAUAAACAAUUUGAAUACUGACAUAACAGUAAUUAUUUAAUUGGUUAUUGGAAUUACAAACACUAUAAACCAGUAACAUUGUAAACAGACAAUUUUGUCGAUUUAUGUUAAUAUAUUUAACUUCCAGAAUUCCCGACAACUUUCGUCUAAGAAUACUAAAUAAAAAUAUUGAGUACCUACCUAAGUCAAGUAUUAAUAACAUUUUUACAAGUGAAAUAUUCAAGAGUGAUAUCAACGCAAUGAAUCAAGAUGUUGGAGUUGGAUGUUGAUGUAAAUAAUGUUAAGUAGAAAAUGUUAAAAUUUUUUAUUUUGUAUCAUACAUAAAUUCUUUACUGAAUACUCGAACUUUUCUGUAAAAUUAUCUCUAGCACCCAGUUUGCUUGUACAAAUAAAUAUACUGUAAUGACUCUAAAAUCACUAUUCUUGCUCAAUUGUUGUUUGAUUUAAAGGGUUUGAAUUAAGAAUAAUCCACAACUAAUAUAUAUCUUUGGGUGUUAUUUAUCAAAGAGAGCUACUUAUAAACAAUUUUUAUUGCUAAGAAGAAAUUUAAACAAUGUUAUUUUGUUGUUAGUUCUACGUGUUGUAAAAUAAAAUACGUUUGCUC